UGAUGUUAGAAAAACAAUUUUCAACCAACACGAUAGGUAGUUGACAUUGUCCUUAACAACCAACCAAACAAAAAACACUGAACACUGAUCUGCGAUUCACAUGAAUAAAGUGUAAUGUAAGGAAAAAAAAAAAAAAACACAACAAAGGUAAUGGAUUCAUACAACACAAAAACAACAAGAGAAAAAAACUGGAAACACUCACUACUCUAUCUCACCUUCAUCAUUUCCAUUCUUCACCUUACACAUCAAACCAAUUUCUCACGUAAACUACUCAUCGGCAACCAAACAGUCCGCAUCAAGAAAACUCCUCAACUCCCUCUCCGUUUCCGUUCUGACGGCACCUUCAAAAUUCUCCAAGUUGCUGAUAUGCAUUUUGGAAAUGGAAUAACGAAGUGUAGAGAUGUUUUGGCUUCGGAAUUUGAGUUUUGUUCUGAUCUUAAUACUACCUUGUUUUUGAAACGUGUUAUUCAAGAUGAGACUCCUGAUUUUAUUGCUUUUACUGGAGAUAAUAUAUUUGGACCAAGCAGCCAUGAUGCUGCAGAAUCUAUGUUUAAAGCCUUUGGUCCGGCCAUGGAAUCAGGACUUCCUUGGGCUGCAAUUUUGGGAAACCACGACCAAGAAUCAACUUUGAAUCGUGAAGAAUUAAUGUCCUUAAUUUCCCUUAUGGACUAUUCAGUAUCCCAGAUCAAUCCAUCAGCUGAUAGUCUUACUAAUUCUGCUAAAGGCCACAAGAUGUCUAAAAUUGACGGCUUUGGAAAUUAUAACCUAAGAGUAUAUGGUGCCCCAGGUUCCAUGAUGGCAAAUAGCAGUGUUUUGAAUCUUUUCUUUCUUGACAGUGGCGACAGGGUUGUUUAUCAGGGAAUUCGAACUUAUGAUUGGAUCAAAGACUCCCAACUUCAUUGGCUGCGUCAUGUAUCUCAGGAACCCCAGGCACAAGAGCAAGAUCCUCUUCAUUCUACUGAUCACGUUACUUCCCCAAUUACACCACCGGCACUUGCAUUUUUCCAUAUUCCGAUCCCAGAAGUUCGGCAGCUGUUUUACAAACAGAUAGUAGGCCAAUUUCAAGAAGGUGUAGCAUGUUCGCGCGUGAACUCAGCGGUCUUGCAGACCUUUGUCUCCAUGGGAGAUGUGAAGGCCGUGUUCAUAGGCCACGACCACACUAAUGACUUCUGUGGAAACUUGGAUGGCAUAUGGUUUUGUUAUGGCGGUGGAUUUGGUUAUCAUGGCUAUGGAAAAGCUGGGUGGCCAAGGAGAGCAAGGAUUAUACUGGCUGAACUUCAGAAGGGAAAAGAGUCAUGGACAAGUGUGCAGAAAAUUAUGACUUGGAAACGACUUGAUGAUGAGAAGAUGAGUAAGAUUGAUGAACAAAUCCUAUGGGAUCAUUUGCAUUCUAGAUGACCAUGGUAGCAUUACUCUGCUGCCUGCUUCAUUACACAUUUACACGUACAGUAUCUGUAUUGUAUGUAUAUUGUACUGUUCUCGUUAUUGGUAGUAAAAAGUAUUUUGUUUUGAGAUAAAUUUUGAUUGCUAUUAGUGCAAUUUUUUUACACGGUCAACCAACCAGCUACAAGCCAUCAUCUGUAUAACAUUUGAGCAGAUACGAUUAAAAUCAAAUAUUUUAAUGAUCCAACGAUUAUGAUUGAUUAUUUUUUUUGA